AUGUCCUCUCACGUCCCUGAAGACCUUCCUCUGUCCACACCCAACAUUUUCGGUGCAUUCCGAUAUUUAUGGAAAUUCUCACCGUACAAUUGUCAAAAGGGCAACCCGAUUCGGAUAUUCUUUCUGUUAUUCUCGUUGGCUAGCUUUCUGGGAAUGAUAUUCAGGGCGUGGUGGAUGUUUUAUAUGGUUGAUGUGGAUCUCCUCUCCUUCGGCUGGGCAGAACGUAACCUCUACGCAUUCAUUUCAAUGGAAUCAUUCUCCUGCGUCAUUGCAUUAUACAAAAUGACAACGAAUGACACGCUCAGAAAAUUUGAGCACGGACUCGGAAUGCUCAAAAAGAUGAGGAUAACUCUCUACCACGAAAAAUACGAUGAAUAUUCUGCACUGAGGACAAAAACUUUUCUGCUGAAAGUUCCGAUUCUAGUGUUUUUCAUCGGAUGCUCCGGAUACUUGGUGGCCAAGAAAUUUAUCAUUUUUGGAACAUCGUCUACAAACUCCUGGUACUAUUAUGUCGAUGCCGUUAUAAUGUUUCUGUGUGCUUAUGUGAAUUUCAUCUUUCUACCGGUUCAUGGACUCCUUCAAAACUCGUUGGCUAGAGAAUUUGGAGUUUUUAACGAGGAAUUGGAGGCCGCUUCAAAAAAUAAAGAGUUGGUGAACCCCCAAAUCAUUCAUAAAUUCGCGGAUCGCCAAAUCAAAAUGUUCGAAAUGACCAACACAAUCACUGAGAGACUUCACCCAUUCAUGAGCGCCGCCCCAUUCCUUGUCUUUACAGCAUUGGCAAAUGUGUCAUUUUUGGUUACCAAUCUCCGAGAAGGUACACCAACUUACUACUACGUCUGCAUGAUUGGAAUGAUGAUUUGCUGCAUUAUCAUUUCUUCAAACCUUCUAUAUCCACCUGCAUUUGUACAGGAAGCAAUGCUCCACACCUCCACUAUCCUUAUGAAUGACCCGUUCCUCCACUACUCAACGGACCCUCAAAUCUACAGUACCUACCGUACUAUGGUGGAUCGAUCGCAAAAAAAUAGGACCGUGAAUUUGGUGAUCCAAGUGUUCAGUGUGAAUCGGAAGAAUAUUGAGAGAGCCUAUUUUGUGAUUACUAAUAUUGUACUGGUCAUGUCUGUCUUUUCUAAAUUAUUGUUUCCAUAG